UGCAGAGAAUCCCCAGGCAGCUGCAGUGCAAACAAUGCUGUAAAAUCGCAAGAAGGAGACGCAAGAGAGAGCAAGCGAGAAGGACUUUACAAGCUGUUAAAAUGCCAGAGCAAAGUAAUGACUAUCGGGUAGUUGUUUUUGGAGCAGGAGGUGUUGGAAAGAGUUCUCUAGUCCUACGCUUUGUUAAAGGAACGUUUCGGGACACAUACAUUCCCACAAUUGAGGACACAUAUCGCCAGGUUAUCAGUUGUGACAAAAGUGUCUGCACUUUGCAGAUCACAGACACAACUGGAAGCCACCAGUUUCCAGCAAUGCAACGGCUCUCAAUUUCUAAGGGUCAUGCUUUUAUUCUGGUGUUCUCUGUUACAAGCAAGCAAUCCAUAGAGGAACUCAAGCCAAUGUAUCAGCAAAUAUUGCAGAUCAAGGGUAGCAUAGAGAACAUUCCUGUAAUGCUGGUUGGAAAUAAAUGUGACGAAACACAGAGGGAAGUGGACACAAAGGAAGUUGAGGCUCUGGCCAAAGAAUGGAAAUGUGCCUUUAUGGAAACAUCAGCCAAGAUGAACUACAAUGUGAAGGAACUUUUCCAAGAGCUAUUAAACUUGGAGAAACGGAGAAACAUGAGCUUAAACAUUGAUGGCAAAAGGUCCAGCAAGCAGAAGAGAGCAGAAAAAAUCAAGGGGAAAUGCAGCAUCAUGUAGUGAAAAUAAGUCCUGAUUUACCCAUUUCAUGCUCGACCACAGAAAGGAUUUUUUCUUUAUAAAUAAAUUGAAGAUUCCAUGUUACUCGCUGCAUUCUAUCACUGUGAGCGCAUAGGCAUUGCCUUGCACGUUCAUUGUGCAGCACUUUAUGGUUUGCUUUGUAUCCUUUUUGUCAUUCUUAUUUUGUUUAUGAACAGUAAACAAACCUGUCAUCCAGAAUAUAUCGUAAUUAUAUAUUUUUCAAUAUCUGUUCGCCUUCAUUCAAGGUUGACUUUAUGAAAAAUUAAUGGUCUGGAACUGGCCCGAAAACUAAAAAUAAUCAAAUAGAUAAGUGGAAUUUUUGUUCCUUUAAGUUUAUGUUAAUAUGUGGUACUUAAAAGGAAUAUCGGAAAGAUAUGAAGAUGUUAUUUUGGGAUCACAAACCCCUGCAAGGAAAGGACAUCAAUGAAGAUAGUUCCUGCCUUGCAAUACUCAGAAGGACUUUAAUAAAGGAGCUAGCUGGAAUAUU